GAUACUGUGGUGAAGCGGUGGUAUAGUAGAACGCCAGCGUUGCUGGGCUGCUGUUUCCGGGCAUCUCAAUUGCAACGCUGCGAUAGAUUGUCCACAUUUUUCGUGAAACCACAGCCGCCACGUUUCAACAACGAAUUGGUUUAACUGGCUGCGUAAGUUAAACACAAAUUCCCAGGCGUUUUAAUCCUCUCACGUAGCUUGAAGAGUCAACGAGACGAUGGCUGAUCAGCUGACUGAGGAACAAAUUGCUGAAUUUAAGGAGGCGUUCUCACUGUUUGACAAGGAUGGUGACGGUACAAUCACCACCAAAGAGCUUGGGACUGUAAUGCGGUCUCUGGGACAGAACCCUACUGAGGCAGAGCUGCAGGAUAUGAUCAAUGAGGUGGAUGCAGAUGGUAAUGGGACAAUUGACUUUCCUGAGUUCCUGACCAUGAUGGCAAGAAAAAUGAAAGAUACUGAUAGCGAGGAGGAAAUCAGAGAAGCCUUCAGAGUCUUUGACAAGGAUGGUAAUGGCUACAUCAGCGCCGCAGAGCUACGGCAUGUCAUGACCAACUUGGGGGAGAAGCUCACUGACGAAGAGGUAGAUGAAAUGAUCCGUGAGGCUGACAUUGAUGGCGAUGGUCAGGUCAACUAUGAGGAGUUUGUCCAGAUGAUGACUGCCAAGUGAACAGAAUGCUGAAAUAACACUCAACGUUGCUUGUCCUUAAGAUCAUUGUUUUUAAAAACCAAAAAAGGAACAAUCGUCAAUUAAUACCCCACCCCACCCCCUAAACCCCAUCUGUAGUAUUCUGCAAUUUGUGCUUCAGUGCAUCCAACUACUUCUAAGGUAUCUGUUUAGCAAACACCAACAGAAUAAUCCCUGGAGAAGUUAAUGGACCAAGUUUUAAGAGGGCCAAAGCCCACAUUUCAGACCAAGAUUCUGCUGAGUCACCCAGCUCCUGAUUAGUUUAGAUGAAAGAGCAACACUGAGAAGGCAGAGGGAUAGGAACCCCUGCCACAGUUCGUUUAGAGAAGUUGACUAUUUAAUCUUUCCAAUACUUCAAUGUUGAAAAUGAAUCUCUUGCACAUCGGCGAUUCUAUAAGCUAUUGAGUUGAAUACUCUUCUUGCAUGCACCCUUUCUGUGGCAGUCACAAGGAGGCUCUGGUCCCAUCAGAAGUAGUGUUCAGACUGUGUACACACUGGAGGUAUAUACAUAAAUAUAUAGCUAUAUAUCUGUAAAAAUUUGUGUCACUAUUGAUUAUUGCAAGAGCAACUAGAUGCGAUAUAGGCUGUUCUUUGGGGCUCAGUUGCAGUCGAGCAUUCUUAUACCUUGAAGUGUUCAGACGAGGACGAGACGCUGAGAAGUGCGGAAGGUUUUCUCUCCCUCCUGCGGGACGUUACGCUGUCUUGUUUUUGAGUCGUGGGCUUUCCGUUGCCUGCAGCAUCUCGUUGGAGACAGUUGUGCGUCCUUGGGACGGUUAAUGUUAAGACACUUGAGCGCUGCAGUGAAUACGUUUGUUCUUCAGACAGAUAAUCCUGAUGAUACAGUACAAUAUUGAUGUAAUGCUUUAUAAAUGUGCUCUCAAAUAAUAUUAAUGACAAACUUUGGUCACAAAAUAUAUCAGUAUAUAUUAGUGUAUCGUAAAGUUUGCAUUGCCUAUUGUUGUAGUAAAUAACCUGUGACAUGUUUUCUCUUUGGUUUUGAAAUGUGCCAUAAUAUUCUAAAAACACCUCAACUUCUUGCAAGACUCGUAGUUCAUUAGAAUAUAAUAAACCUACUUAAUGUAAUGACAUAAAAUACAUGCAGUUGAACAUAUUUGCACUUUGGUGUCAAAAACGUGGAUAUUAAAAAGAAACCAAACGUCGCUGUUGCUGCUGCUAUAACAACUCGUGUUCCACUCAUUACUCGUUGUCGUUGGUGUCCGAUCUUCAAUUUGUAGUCCGGUGAUUCAAACUUCAGUCUGUUUGCUGUUUUACUGAUCAGAAUGCUUAUACUGUAUAGUCACAAAUACUACUUGUGUUGGGGGCGAUGUUUUUAAUUAGGCUGAUAGAUGGCGCUUACACUUGGGGACGGAAUUGGGUCGUAGCAAAGAAUUCAGCUGUAGAUGCAAUAUUGACUUGGUUACAUUGGAGAAGCAGGUUAGUUGAGUCAACUUAGGAUGAGGCAUUUCAACUGGUUACCUUGGAUUCAGAUGUAAAUGGUAAACGGACUGUUAACUUCCGAAAGGUGUUUCCAAAAUGUAAAGAUGUGAUAUAUUUUCCAUAACUCAAUAAAUUGACUGAGCUUUA